CAAAAUUUGAAAGUAAAACCAAAAUUACACGUUCCUCAAUCCCACCUUUUUCCCAUUAAUUUUUAAAUUUUACACUAGUUAAUACCUCCUCCAUCCAAGUUGGUUCUUUCCAUUACGCCUUACAAGGGCUAUGUGAGAAACCAAGAAAGGGAAAAAGAUUCAAUCCAACACAGAACCUACCCAUAUUUGACUCUCCAUUUCCCUUUCUCGGUUUCGCUGCUCAACGAUCGCGUCCUCUGGCUUCUUCUCCAUCGCUCGACUCUUCCAUUGCUAUCUUCUUCAUCCGCCCGGCCUUUAUGAUCGUUUGGUUACACUGGGUUUUCUCCCUUUUUGACGUUUCUGCCUCCCCCCCUUACGAAUUCUGUCUAGGUUUUGUGCUCUCUAGAGUCUUCCUCAACAUCAUCGCAAAGGGUCUUCGACGGAUUUUCGAUCUCGCAGGGUUAGGUUUAGAGCUAGGUCAUCCUCAAGGAUGGACGCGUCCGGCGGAAACUCGGACGCUCAGAGAGGUGCUUCUUCAACAACUAGCAGUAAUGCGCAUUCUAGAAGACAUGGAAUGCAAUUUUCAGCGUCCAAUCUUCUCAGGUUCCCUGUGUCUAGCUUGUUGGAAUACACUGGUAUCUUAAGGACAAGGUCCAGCAAUUUGGAGACAGAGAGUUUAGUCAACCAAGGAACAUCUGUUGGAUAUCGAGACCAUUUUCAGCAAAGAACUGAUGAUUCUGGAGCACCCAGUGCCAAUCCCGGUGUUGCAGAGGAGGUCACGAUUCGGAUCAUAGGUUCGGGUGACCAUGAACAGGAACAGGUUGGGAUGGGGUUGUCUUCAUCGGUUUCUGGGCCAUUGAGGGAGCUGAAUGGGCCAAACGAGUCAAUUUCAAGGUCGGGCUCUGCAACUUCCGUGGCUUCUGCGUUUGAGAGCCAGAAUGACUUGAGAAGUGAUAGAGGAGAUCGAGGGUUCAAUCAGGCUGCAAAUGGCAGUGCAGAUAUGGGAACUGGAGAUGGAGGUGGGACCUCCAAUAGGGAUUCUUCUUACCAAAGAUAUGAUAUACAGCAAGCUGCUCGCUGGAUUGAACAAGUUCUUCCUUUCUCUUUGCUACUUUUGGUCGUUUUUAUUCGACAGCACUUGCAAGGUUUUUUUGUAGCAAUUUUCCUUACUGCUGUUAUGCUCAAGUCUAAUGAUAUUGUUCGGAAGCAAACAGCUCUUAAGGGCGAGAGGAAAAUUUCUGUUCUAGUUGGCAUCUCUAUCCUGUUUUCAGUUCAUGUAGUUGGGUUUUAUUGGUGGUAUCAGAAAGAUGAACUUAUUUACCCAUUGGUGUUGCUUCCACCAAAGGCCAUACCGCCCUUUUGGCAUGCUAUAUUUAUGAUCUUGGUGAAUGAUACCUUAGUCCGUCAAGCAGCAAUGAUCCCAAAGUGUUUCCUAUUGAUGUACUACAAGAACAGCAAGGGAAGAAACUACCGAAAGCAGGGACAAAUGCUAACUGUGGUAGAGUAUCUUGUGCUGCUUUAUCGUGUGCUUCUUCCAGCUCCGGUUUGGUAUCGUUUCUUUCUGAACAAGGAAUAUGGAAGCCUCUUUUCGUCAUUAAUGACUGGGCUGUAUUUAACUUUCAAGCUCACUUCUGUUGUCGAAAAGGUACAAUCAUUUUUCAGUGCUUUGAAGGCUCUUUCACGCAGAGAUAUCCAUUACGGAGCUCAUGCAACAUCUGAACAGGUGAUUGCUGCAGGGGAUUUGUGUGCCAUUUGCCAGGAAAAGAUGCAUGCCCCAAUCUUACUACGCUGUAAACAUAUAUUCUGUGAAGACUGCGUCUCUGAAUGGUUUGAGAGGGAAAGGACAUGUCCCUUGUGCCGGGCUUUAGUAAAACCGGCUGAUCUCAAGUCAUUUGGGGAUGGAUCAACCAGUCUCGUUUUCCAGUUAUUCUAAGUCCAUUAACCAUUAGUCAAAAGCGGCUCUGCGGUGACAAUACAUACAUGACCACAAAGAAGACAUCCACAAUCGUAUCAGUUUUUGUCAUUUGUUAUCGCCAGAAUGGGGGAAAUAGGGCGCUGGAAAAUGCAAACUAUAGAAAUUGUUCAUAGUUGUGUAACCAAAAAAAAAAGAGUCAAAUGUUACAGAAUUAAUCCACUGAGAAGAAGAAAAUGACAGUGCGUUAAACAGCUCAUAUUCUUCUUUUGAUAUAUGAAAGGAAGGAAGCCUUGCAAUUUUAUUUUUUUUGUCUGAUUUCACUGAUGGAAUCCCAGAUAUAGCUGGGAGAAAUGUGUUUAUUUUUAUUUUAUAAAUAGAUGAUGGAGCCCUGA